ACUUACCCUGUGAAGCAGCGGUGUGAGCACUGGCUGGCUGCAGUACAGAGACGAUUUUUUUUUUACCAUGCCACAAAAUUGGUAUCUGGACAGGCCAGGUGAUGAAUAGCCAGAGAUCCUCCUCUGCACUCCGAGCCCAGUCACUCUGUCUGGGGGCUGACCACUUACUCCGAGUGCUUGAGUGAUUAACAGGGCACCCAUCAUGGAAAGCACACACACCGUGCUGAUCCUAUAUACACCCAUCCAUGAGCUAAGCAACAUCAGCCUGUAUUUCCCCAAGAGGCGGGCCCCGAGCUUUAAGUACAAGAGCCGCGCCCCUCAUUCAGAAAGGGUCGGUAAUGACCAUGACCGGGGAAAUGAGGAUCUCACAGUGUCCGAACAAAGAGGCCAGUCUUCAUGCUCCUCAGACGAACUCCUCAUCUCCCAGCAGGCAACGAAGGAGGCAGUUGCAGAGCUCUGCUGGCUGGCGGCGGAGCACCACCAGUUGUUGGCUGAUCUCUUAUCGCUGUGUAGGGAUUGCGCCAUUAAAGUCAGGAUGGGUAACCAGGAUGGGAAAGUCCAGGAUUACAUGGAGGGUCAGGAAAUUCACCUUGGAGGUCAGGGUCUCAGCAGCAACAACUAUUCUCUCUCUGUAUCUCCAGAGCACAAGAGGGCAGCUGCGUCCAAGAGCAAAAAGCUGAAGAAGUUGGGAGGCAAGAAGCUUGAGAGCGCUGAGGAUUUGCUGCACAGUAAAAUGAAAAAGAAAGUUACCAGUGGAACUUCAUCUCUUCAGCUUCCUGCUCUCAACAGUGCGCCCAUAUCUUCAGCCUCUGUAAUACAGCAGAUUCCAGGUGGAAACCUAGCCUUUGGCCAUGUCACCGACAGCCCAGUCACCGGCUCUUAUGUCAGUGCAGUCAGUAAUCCCAUCCUGCCCAUGGAGGAACCCUUUCAGAUCGGUCACGAGGGUUGGGACUUCAUGGAGGAUAACCGGCCAUUUGACCCUUACGUUGAUUUCUGCAAUGACUUCUCAGAGUAUGACGGUGAGCUGGGUUAUGAGUCGUCAUUCUGCAGCCUGAUGGAGGGUCUGACCAGACGGGAAAGUGGGAGCAACCUUCGGCCAUUUAAGAGGUCUGAUUCCUUGGGUGAGAUAGUAUCUGAGAAUGCAUCAACAGUCAAGUCCGCUCAGCAGCUGUAUGGUAAAACCAACCAGAGUAAUACAGGGGUCAGGGUGGUGGCCAAAGUGCAAGAUGUGGAAGGGAGAGUGCAACAUGUCAACCAUACAUGCUCAGACAGGGCAGGGCCAGCCGUGCUACAUCCAGGGACUAACAGCUGCCAGCAGGGGUUUGGAAAGUGGAGAGGACCAAACCGAGAGCACCUGCUGGAAGUCAAUAGAGAAAAGACGGGUAACAAGCUUUCUGAGGGGCUACGGUUGCCCCUAUCCCACACCACCGAACCUUAUCCCCAGGCCAAAUCCCACACAAAGAGCCCUUCUUCCCCUUCUCUCGCUGGGGUCUUCAACACAUCUUUCCCUGCAUCCAACAGUCUCCAGAGCAUGUCCCCGGUCCUCUCCCCUCUAUCCUCCAAGCAAGCAAGCCCACACCUCAACCACCGCAUUGUCCUGCUCUCCGAUAAGGAUGUAGACCAUGAACCAGACAGCUCCAGUAACACAGAUGAGCCCAAAAUCUACACCGAGGACAUCGACAAGAAUGGCAACAAACGGACUGUCACCCGUCUGGAUCUGAACCUCAGCAGGCAGUCCAGCAACUCCAAGUGGAACUCCUCCAGCAACUCCACAACAACAGAGGAUCCCCUCUUGCGUCAGGAUGACCUUUGGAUGUUGGAUGGCGAUGAACCUCAGGAACCCAUUUCCCACGUUCAACGCCCUGAUCACCUUGACUUCCUACGCAUCACACCACCAGAGGAUGACAUCUUCGGGGACACACCCUACUGCCCCAAACUGGAGUGCACGACGGAGGUCACAUCUCCUACAGACAGUGAGGACCGGACCCCAGGGCGUCUUCAGGCUGUGUGGCCCCCACCCAAACCUAAAGAUGAGGAAGAGAAGGUGGGGCUCAAAUACACCGAGGCAGAGCACCAGGCUGCCCUCUUGCAGCUGAAGAGAGAGUGCAAGGAAGAUCUGGAGAGGAUGCAUUCCGACUUUGAGCUUCAAGUCUUCCAACUGCGAGGUGAGCACGCUGUCUCAAUGGCACAUCUGGAAGGAGUCAUCGCAAAGAUGCAAAGAGACAACGGGUAUAAUACAAGUCAGGACCGGGGCGAGGUCCGCGAUGCUGCUGUGUCCACUGCAGAUGACCUGACACCCAAGACCUACCGCACCGUGAGUAUCCAGACGGACAGGGAGACCUUCAUCAAGAGCCCUGAGGGUGACAGUGGCGGCCUUGUUCAAAGCCCCAACCAGAAUGUGCCGAAAAGACUCAACUUGGACUCUAUUGGACUAAAUCAAAAAGCUGAAACGGCCCCAGGCGCUUCUGGACCACCCUGCCCCCCCCCCCCCCCCCACCUCCGCCUCCCCCUCUCCCACCGGGCCUCUCGGGACCGUGGUCCGCCGCCCCCACCACCUCCCCCUCCCCCUCCUGGCCUACCUGGAGCUGGUCCACCUCCUCCUCCCCCUCCUCCAGGCUCUGGCCCGCCACCUCCUCCCCCUAUGGGCUUCAGUUUUGACCAGAAGGUGGAGAAGGCCCCACGGAAACUUGCCAUUGAGCCAGCAUGUCCCAUGAAACCUCUAUACUGGACCAGGAUACAGAUACAGGACAAUAACAACAACACACUCUGGGGUUCUCUGGAGGAACCAAACAUCGUUGACGCCAAUGAGUUUGAGGAUCUUUUCUCCAAGGCCACGCUGCAGCCAGUGAAGAAGCCCCUGGCGGACACCUUUGAGAAGAAAGCCAAAACUAAGAAGAUUAUCAAGCUGCUGGAUGGGAAACGUUCACAAGCAGUCGGCAUCCUCAUAUCGAGCCUGCAUCUGGAGAUGAAGGACAUUAAGCAAGCUGUUCUUACUGUGGACAACUCUGUGGUGGAUUUGGAGACCAUUGAGGCUUUAUAUGAAAAUAGGGCCACCAGUGAUGAGAUGGUCAAGAUAACGAGGCAUUAUGAAAAUUCUAAAGAAGAUGAAGUCAAACUGCUGGAUAAACCUGAACAGUUUCUCUAUGAGCUCUCUCAGAUUCCCGACUUCUCGGGCCGAGCCUACUGCAUCAUCUUCCAGUCGGUAUUUCUUGAUACCAUCUCCUCCAUCCGUCGCAAGGUGGAGAUCAUCUCGAAUGUCAGCAAAGAGUUGUUGGAGUGUAGUAGCUUGCGGGAUGUAUUGGGUCUUGUUCUGGCCUUUGGGAACUAUAUGAACGGAGGGAACAGGACAAGAGGUCAAGCUGAUGGCUUCGGACUGGAGAUCCUCCCCAAACUAAAGGACGUCAAGAGCAGGGACAAUCGUAUGAACCUGGUGGAUUAUGUUGUUUUGUACUACCUGCGUAAUUUUGACAAACAUGCCGGCACAGAAAAGAGUGUGUUCCCUAUGCCGGAGCCCCAGGAUUUCUUCCAGGCUGGUCAAGUUAAGUUUGAAGACCUCACCAAGGACAUCAGAAAACUAAAUAGAGAUCUGACUGCUUGUGAGAAGAGCGUGCAGAAGGUGUGUGCUAACUCAUCAGAGGAAAACCUUCAGCCCUUCAAGGAGAAGAUGGAAGGAUUCAUCUCUGCCGCUCAAAAGGAGCAUUCAGCUGAAGAGGACCGACUCAGUGCAGCGCAGAGAAGUUUCCAGGACAUGGUGAGCUACUUUGGGGUGAAGCCAAAGUCCGGGGAGAAAGAUGUGGCCCCGAGUUACGUUUUUAUGUUCUGGUACGAGUUUUGCAACGACUUCAAGAACUCCUGGAUACGACAGAACAAGAACAUCUCCAAGGAGAGGUUGAAGGAAGCUCAAGAAAACAUUAAGAAGAUCACAGCAGAGAAGAGAGUUGAAACCAAGAAGACCAAUGCCAACAGUCUGAAAGAGAGGCUGCGGCAGAAGGAAGCCAGCGUGUCUUCCAGCUGAGCGAAAGGACUAGUGACGUAGCAGCAGAGAAAUGACGAGGUUGGUGUAGAUCGCAGAUCAGAAAGUGUGCCGGCCAUAUUUCUCCUGCGUUUUGAUUCGGACUGCCCUCUGUGCACCAUACAGACUCACAAUAAAACCUCGCUGGACACGUACUACUCCCACUGCUGUAUAUCUCUGCUCUACAAACACCAGCCCUUCGCCACCCUAACCUCCACCACCCUGUAUACGUAUAAGCUGGGCCUGCAGCAAGGAUGCAUGGCUGACACAGCCAAAGUGAUGAGAGUCUUCAAGGCCAAAGGUUGAUCUCAUUCAUCCAGCAGGGCACGACCUCUUGAGUGCUCAGCUUGUGAAAGGUCUUAAGGGGUCAGUGGGAUUCCCAACAGCUGACACAUCCAAGAGUUUCCUUCUGGGUCUACAAGAGCUGAGAAACUAUUUCUUUCUCAACUGUAGAUGUUAGAUAGCAGAGUGAUAAUGCUCCUAUAUACUCAAAAUGUUAAGAUGUUGUGGCCUGAAGAGGAAAAUCCCUGUUGACAAAACAAAUCUCUCUCUCUCUCUCUGGAAGUGGUAAAAAAGCAGUUGCUAGUGCUCCUUGCUGUAGCGAAAAAGCUUUUCAUUCACCAUGGCUCAUUAAAAGUCUUGUAAAUAUGUCAUGUUGUUGAAUCUGCAGGGACCGUGCAGCUUUGAGGAGUAUGAUAAAUGAUCUGCGCUGGGCUUCACAUGCUGAUUAAGACAUGUUGAGUAUAUAAUGUGUGUGCACACAAAUCGGUAUGUAGAGGUUUCACUGUAUUGUGGCACUGCCCCAGACGAGACACACACACACACACACACACACACACCCACCAGAAGAACACAACAAGUUUUGGCCGUGCAACCACUCUCACCCAAGAUAUUAAAUACACAUUAUGAAAAAUUGCUAAUCCUUUUAGUGCUGUGCAUCACACUGUGUCCAGCACACCUUUUAAGCACUUUACUGAUUGUAGUAGCUGUUAAGCCCUGUUAAUGCUAACUGUGUGGAAUUGUUUUUAUUUUUUUUAGGAUGUGCACUUUUUUUGCACCCAUUUUUCUAUGCAAGGGUAUGUUCGACUUAGUUAGAUGAUUCAUGAAUUGUAUUGCUUCAUGAUGAAAUCCUAAUAGAUAUUUUUCUCUAAAAAGUCUAUUAAAGUGUAUGUUUUCUUUUCGCAAAUGUAAGAGGUAACCAAGCUCCUUGUCUCCUUCAAGAAAAGUCUAUUUAUGUAAGGAAAGAUUUAUUUUCUGCCAAAAAGCAUCAGCUUUGUUCCCUUUUGAGGCUGUAUUUUUAUGAGUUGUAAUUGACUGAGAAGCUUCCAAAUAGGUCAGUCAGAUGAAAGAUAUAUUUUCACAUGGAUAGUACUUUUCUGUUGUGCCCACUAAGUCACAGUGUACGCGACGAUAUGUUAUGUGGUGGUUAAGUACUUUGCAUAGAAUGAAGAUGGGGGUUGUAUUUUAGGUAUUGAGAACAUUUUAGCAUAUCACCUGAAGCCAUGUGAGUUAUUAUACCUCAGACAGACUUCCAUUAUCAGAGUAUCCAUAAAACUGCACCUUGAAUUACAUUUUUUUUAUCCUUCAAAGUCUUUCACCUGUGCCAUUUAUUUUGUAAAAAGAAAAUCUAGAUAUUUCAUAAACUGCUAUGUUUUACUUUGAAAAGCAAAAAAAGAGCUGAUACCGACCAAGAAACUGGUGUGGUCUGUAUGUAUGUAUGUAUGUAUGUAUGUAUGUAUGUCGGGUUGAUAUAACCUUCAGUAGCUCUAAUAUACUGUAGGUGCUCUGUAAUUUUAUGGAAUUGUUUUAAAUUUCAAGAUUAAACUACUGGAUGCUGAACAAA